CUUUGCAUUGUUACUAUGCCGAUGGGCGAGAGAUCCCACGUGUUUCACUAAGAGCCAUUCUUAAAUAGUCGUCAUCCUUUCAGCUGAAUCAUGGUAAAGCAGAUCGUCGCACACAUCCCACCAUGAAGAAUCCUCUACGAACAAGUGCACAAAAGCCAAGAGUGGCCGGCCAUCGUGGCUACUGUUCUUGCGCACCAGAGAACACCCUCGCAGCGUUUCGCAAAGCCCGUGAAGUCGGCGGCGAAAAUGUCACCUGCGAAACCGACCUCGCCCUCACCAAAGACGGCGAAAUGAUCUUGAUACAUGAUGAGACGGUCGACCGCACCACCAAUGGGAGAGGGCCUGUGAGUUGCAUGACCUACGCGGAGAUCUCGCAGCUCGAUGCGGGCUCCUGGUUCGAUAAGUCCUUCGCAGGCGAGCCCAUCCCCUUGCUGAGGGAUGCAAUACAGUUGGCGCGAGAGGUCGGCAUCAUAUAUCAGCUCGAAUUGAAGAUCUACGACCGCAACGACGAGAUAUUCCCGAAGUUGAGAGCGCUGAUAGACGAGCUUCAAUGUGCCGAUCUCCUUCAAUUCUCGUCUUUCGAUUUCUUACAACUCCGAGAGGUCAAGAAGAUCAUUCCCGAAGUACCUACGGUGGCGAUCUCUCAUUCCAGGUUGAUCGACCCUGCUUCGGUCGCGAGAGAGGCGAACGUUGACGCCAUGAAUCUCGAGAUACAACACUUUCCAAGUGGAGAAGCCGCACAGCUUCAUGAGGCAGGUUUCGCUGUGUUCCUGCAUGUGCCUGCUCCUUCUAGGCUAGAGUCACAGAAGUCAUAUGGAGUGGAUGUCGAGGCACAGGUUGCGGAGUGGAUUAGGGAAGGAUUGAUGGAUCAAUUGAUCAGUGAUGAUGUGGAACAGGUUGUCAGAAUCAUCGUCGAUGCACAGAGAUGAUUGCAUUCGCGAAAGCACGCUCAUGAUAGACAUUCACACCCUAGCGGCCUAAUGGUCGCAUAAUGCAUAGU